CCACGACACAACUCAGGUGGCCGUCCGGAAGCAUCUUUUUACAAGGCUUCCUUCUGACACAGAUCAUCUCAUCAAGGACCUCAUCCCACCAUUUCUAGCUGAAGAGCGUCGUGCUCCGCCCCGACAGCAGCCUCAGCCAUGAACUGGUCUGGUCUGGAGGCCCUCCUCAGCGGGGUCAACAAAUACUCCACCGUGUUCGGCCGCGUCUGGCUGUCCAUGGUCUUCGUUUUCAGGGUGAUGGUGUUUGUGGUGGCCGCGCAGCGCGUGUGGGGUGAUGAUAACAAGGACUUUGUAUGUAACACGGCCCAGCCGGGCUGCACCAAUGUGUGCUACGACUCCAUCUUCCCCAUCUCCCACAUCCGCCUGUGGGCCCUGCAGCUUAUUUUUGUCACCUGCCCAUCGCUGAUGGUGGUCGGCCACGUGAAGUAUCGGGAGAAGAAGGACACGCAGUUCACCAACACGCACAAGGGCACCCAUCUCUAUGCCAACCCUGGGAAGAAACGUGGAGGGCUGUGGUGGACCUACAUGGUGAGUCUGAUUUUCAAAGCAGGCUUCGACGCCGGCUUCCUCUACAUCCUGUACUAUGUCUACGAUGGUUACGACAUGCCCCGCCUGUCCAAGUGCUCCCUGGAGCCGUGUCCCAACACGGUGGACUGCUACAUAUCCCGCCCCACCGAGAAGAAGAUCUUCACCAUCUUCAUGGUGGUCUCCUCUGCCAUCUGCAUCUUAAUGUGCAUCUGCGAGAUGAUUUACCUCAUUUGCAAACGCUUUCAGAAGCUCCUCAGGAGGAAGGCGGAGUCUGACAGGAGGAUGUUCGUCCAGAAUAACGAGAUGGUGCCGCUGGCAGCACCCAGGUCAGUGUUCAUGUCCGGAUCAUCAAUCAGAGUGGAUCCUACGGUAUCUAUCCAGAACCUUAGUAACGUCAAGGCUGAGGAGUCAAUUGAGAAAAAAUGAUGCCAGGCUGCUAACUUGGUAGCGACCAGGUUGGAGAACUGACUAAAGUUAUCAAAAAGCUAGAACACUUAAAGAACCGAAGCUCAACACCAAAAAGAUUCUGCCCCAAUUCAGGCAGCGCCUUGUAAAUAUGAUCACGUCUAAUGACUUUGUUCAAGAGCACAGACCUGGUGCAUACAAAUGAAGUCCUCAAAAACAGAGGAUUACAAGGAAGUUAGAGGGUUUAAGAGAAUUCCUUUCUGUUUUUUUUAUUAGUUUGUGUGUCUGUGAUUGAGUGUGCGGAUGUGUGUAUACGUCUUUUUGUGUAUUACUAUUAGCCAGUGGCAAACUUAAAAUAAAAUGUAAUUUCUAAUGUGGGGCAGUUACACACUGCGCCCUAAUGAAUAAAUCAACAUAAAGCACACAAAGCUCUGUUGUAGGGGUAACAUAGUAAUCUGAAGAGAUAACUUUAGAAGUUUUUGUCCUAUGAUAUGUACUAUACAGAAAAUGCUCUUUAUUAUGCUCUUCACGACUCCACGGCUCUUCACGACUUCAAAAAGUGAAGUAAGAUUAAAGAUAAUGUGUUCCUUUAACAUUUUUGUAUUUAUUGUUGUUAUCUAUAAAGUUAUUUAAAAAAAUGUAAAAGAGUGUAUCAUUUGAAAAAUAUACAUGAAUCAAUAAGUAGCUGCAUGUGUGUGACCUCACUGAUAUAGGCCUGCCUACGCUGUUCAUAUAUUUAUACAGUUUGUAUGUAUUUAUCUAUACAUUACAUACCUUUGAAAUAUCAUCUAUUCUGUGAAGAUUACAUCAUGAGAAAAGAAAAGAGCCAUUAAAUAAGAAGAGGCUGGCAUAUAGAAAAAAACAACUGGUUACAUAUUUGAACAAUACAUACAUAUACAACACCUUUAAAUUAUUUAUGUGUAUAUUUUAGGAUUAUCUUAAUAUGCAUCAAUCCAAAUGGGAUUAAAAUAAAUCCCUAAAAUAUUCAUUAUCAAGUCCAAACUCAAGCAGACGACUCCUGGCAAACCCUGUAAUAACUAUAGGGUCAAACAGUGAGUUAACUUGUCGGUAUCUAAAAAAAAACAUGUUAUUACUCACAACAGAGAAUAGCACAGUUUGAGUACAAAAUAAAUGUGUACAAAAAUAAAAAUGA